CGCAUGAGACGGAUACGUGUCUCUCAUCUUCUUCUCUCUCUCUCACUGAGACGCAACGCAGAGGCCGAGCCUGUCGUUAUCCAAAAAUCUUAGCAAAGCGAACAAAUUUACCAUAACCAAGGAGUAAUCGAAGCUCUCAAUCCGAUUCCAUUUUCAAUCUCUUCCACUCAUAAAGCUACCGGAAGACCACCGAUCACCGUCGUCAUACCUGGCGAUCGUCGCUGAUGGCAGGAAACGAUUGGAUCAACAGCUACUUGGAGGCGAUUCUGGACGUGGGACCUGGUCUCGACGACGCUCGCUCCUCACUUCUUCUUCGGGAGAGAGGCCGAUUCACUCCCAGUCGCUACUUCGUCGAGGAAGUCAUCACUGGGUUCGACGAAACUGAUCUUCACAGAUCAUGGGUCAAGGCUGUCGCCACCAGAAGUCCUCAGGAGAGGAACACCAGAUUGGAGAAUAUGUGUUGGAGGAUCUGGAAUCUCGCUCGUCAGAAAAAGCAGCAUGAGGAAAAGGAAGCACAGAGGCUGGCGAAACGCCGGCUUGAACGUGAAAAAGGUCGAAGGGAAGCAACUGCUGAUAUGUCUGAGGAGUUAUCGGAAGGAGAGAAAGGAGAUAUGGUCAGUGAUAUAUCGGCUACGGCUGGUGAUGCAUCAGCUCACGGUGAAAGCACCAAAAGUAGGUUACCGAGAAUAAGUUCUGUUGAAUCCAUGGAGACUUGGGCAAACCAGCAGAAGGGAAAGAAGCUGUAUCUUGUUCUGAUAAGUCUUCAUGGCCUCAUUCGUGGUGAAAACAUGGAACUGGGCCGAGACUCUGAUACUGGUGGCCAGGUUAAGUAUGUAGUGGAGCUUGCACGGGCUUUGGGGUCAAUGCCGGGAGUUUAUCGGGUUGAUUUGCUCACGAGGCAGGUGUCUUCACCGGAUGUUGACUGGAGUUACGGUGAACCCACCGAGAUGUUGACACCUAGAAGUUCUGAAGAUCUCUUUGAUGAGAUGGGGGAAAGCAGUGGUGCUUAUAUCGUGAGGAUCCCGUUUGGUCCAAAGGAUAAAUAUAUCCCGAAAGAACUUCUAUGGCCUCACAUCCCCGAAUUUGUUGAUGGUGCUCUAAACCACAUUAUCCAGAUGUCAAAUGUUCUGGGCGAGCAAAUUGAUGGCGGAAAACCCGUCUGGCCGGCUGCAAUCCACGGGCAUUAUGCUGAUGCUGGUGAUGCUACUGCUUUGUUGUCGGGUGCACUAAAUGUGCCGAUGCUUUUUACUGGCCACUCGCUUGGCCGAGACAAGUUGGAGCAGCUUUUGAAACAAGGCCGCCUUUCAAAAGAUGAAAUCAAUUCGACGUACAAGAUUAUGCGUCGCAUAGAGGGUGAGGAAUUAUCUCUCGAUGCUUCUGAGAUAGUAAUAACUAGCACUCGGCAGGAGAUAGAUGAGCAAUGGAGAUUGUAUGAUGGCUUUGACCCGAUAUUGGAGCGUAAACUACGAGCAAGGAUCAAACGGAAUGUGAGCUGUUAUGGUAGAUUCAUGCCUCGCAUGGUUAUAAUUCCACCCGGGAUGGAAUUCCAUCAUAUUGUUCCACACGAUGGCGAUAUGGAAGAAGCGGAUGGUAACGAUGAGCAUCCAGCUUCUCCGGAUCCUCCAAUAUGGGCCGAGAUAAUGCGUUUCUUUACCAAUCCCCGAAAGCCUAUGAUACUUGCACUUGCCAGACCGGAUCCAAAAAAGAAUAUUACCACAUUGGUGAAGGCAUUUGGAGAAUGCCGUCCUCUGAGAGAGCUUGCUAACCUUACACUUAUUAUGGGUAACCGAGAUGGGAUUGACGAAAUGUCAAGCACGAAUUCUUCGGUUCUUCUCUCUGUACUGAAGCUAAUUGACAAAUAUGAUCUGUAUGGGCAAGUUGCAUAUCCCAAACAUCACAAACAGUCAGAUGUUCCCGACAUAUAUCGUCUAGCCGCGAAGACCAAGGGUGUUUUUAUCAAUCCAGCUUUCAUUGAACCUUUCGGGCUUACUCUGAUAGAGGCUGCAGCUCAUGGUUUGCCUAUCGUCGCUACCAAAAACGGUGGUCCGGUAGAUAUUCAUCGGGUACUAGACAAUGGUCUUCUCGUGGAUCCUCAUGAUCAGCAAUCUAUUGCCAAUGCUCUUCUUAAACUCGUGGCGGAUAAGCACCUCUGGGCGAGGUGUCGGCAGAACGGGUUGAAGAAUAUUCAUCUGUUUUCAUGGCUGGAGCAUUGCCGGACUUAUCUCUCUCGUAUCGCCACUUUCAAACCGAGACAUCCGCAGUGGCAAAGAAGCGACGAUGGAGGCGAUAAUUCGGAACCCGAGUCACCUAAUGAUUCUUUGAGGGAUAUACAAGAUAUAUCCUUGAACUUGAGGUUUUCACUUGAUGGAGAGAAGGGCGGAACUGGUGGGAACGAUAAUUCCUUGGAAUCGGAUUGGAAUUCCGUCGAAAGGAGGAGCAAAAUCGAGAAUUCCAUCUUGAAUUGGUCGAAAGGUAUCUCGAAAGAUAACAGAAAAAUUGGAUCGGUAGAGAAAGCAGAGCAGAACUCCGGAAAGUUCCCUGCACUGAGGAGAAGGAAAUUCAUCGUCGUUAUCGCUGUGGAUUUUGACGAUCGGAAAGAUAUGCUCGAACCCACGAGAAAGAUCCUCGAGUCGAUGGAGAAAGAGAGGGCCGAAGGAUCGGUUGGUUUCAUAUUGUCGACAUCACUGACGAUUUCCGAGAUCCAUUCUUUCUUGGCCUCAGGAAGCUUCAACCCUAAUGAUUUCGACGCUUUCAUUUGCAACAGCGGGAGCGAUCUCUACUAUCCAUCCCUAAAUCCCGAAGACGGCCCUUUCGUCGUCGACUUCUACUACCACUCGCAUAUAGAAUACCGUUGGGGCGGAGAGGGAUUGAGGAAGACUCUUAUCCGUUGGGCAGGUUCCGUUACCGAUAAAAAGUCAGAAAGCAACGAGCAGAUAGUCACUCCGGCCGAACAGCUCUCAACCGACUACUGCUACACGUUUUCCGUCAAGAAACCUGCAGUGGUACCUCCGGUGAGGGAGCUUCGGAAGGUACUGAGGAUCCAGGCGUUGCGUUGCCACGUCGUUUAUUGCCAAAACGGGACCCGAAUGAACGUUAUUCCGGUGCUCGCCUCUCGCUCUCAAGCCCUAAGGUAUCUAUACGUGAGGUGGGGCAUCGACUUGGCGAAUAUGGUCGUAUUCGUGGGCGAGUCGGGGGACACGGACUAUGAAGGAUUACUCGGAGGGCUGCACAAAAGCGUCGUGCUGAACGGUGUUUCUUGCGGAGCAAGCAACGCCUUGCACGGUAACCGGAGUUACCCUCUCUCCGACGUAAUCUCCUUCGACAGCAGCAACGUCGUUCACGCGCCUAAGGAUUAUGCAGAAUCCGAUGUUCGUGAAGCUCUGAUGAAAUUAGGGCUUCUCAGAGAAUGAAGAAGAUGAAAUUUGGGCCCCAGGGUCGGAACUCUCUUGAUGUGGUUUACUAUAAUGUUCUGUCUACUUUUACUGCAUGGUUAAUGUUAUCCGGAUGGAAGAUGCGCAGGGAUUGUUAUAGUAAUAAAUGACGGUAAAAUAAAGUAUUUGUUACAGGGGAUUCGUGGUAAUUUCACUCCCUAUUUCGAUACAAAUUGAGACCCAACAUUGUAAAUAUGGUGGUCAUUUUUUAAUCAGAAAUCAUCCAAUUUUAUUUUUC